CCUCCCCUUCUCUCCUCCUCCUCCUUUCACCAGAGGCGGGCUCGCUCUCCAUCUCUCUCUUGUCUCUGGCUCCGAGGAAGGGACACUCUCUGGCUGGUGGGGGCUGAUCUGGGGGCUCUCGGGCUUCCACCGCCACCCCCUCGUGUUAGGCACGGCUCCCAGCCCUCGCACACGGCGCCCAGCCCUGCUGAAGAACAACGUGGGGAGGAGGGCGGCGGGCAGAGAGCGCGAGAGAAAGACCAUGGCGAGGAACUGACCGGCUUGGCUCAGCCACAGCUGUGGGUUCUCUCUGAGAGGAGGCGCAGAGGAAGAUCCUGUUGGCCUGAACUGCCCGAGGAGGAUGUUGCCGUCGCAUUGGGGGUGGUGGCUGACCUCUUGCACUUUCGCCAAAGUCUUGGUGGCCUCGGCCGUCUUCGCCGAGAACGCCUCUUGGGCCGGAGCCUACGAUGCCGAGACAAAGGCCAAUGGCAGCUGCGAAGGGUCCAACAAAUGUCAACCGGGAGUUCUGCUCCCCGUCUGGCAGCCGGACAACCCAUCCUUCGGCGACAAGGCUGCCAGGGCCAUCGUCUACUUUGUUGCCAUGAUGUACAUGUUCCUGGGAGUCUCCAUCAUCGCCGACCGCUUCAUGGCAUCCAUCGAGGUCAUCACCUCCAAGGAGAAGGAGAUCACCAUCACCAAGUCCAACGGCGAGACCAGCAUUGGAACUGUGAGGAUCUGGAACGAGACGGUUUCCAACCUCACCCUCAUGGCUUUGGGUUCGUCGGCGCCGGAGAUCCUCCUCUCAGUGAUUGAGGUCUGCGGCCACAACUUCCAAGCCGGCGAGUUGGGUCCUGGCACCAUCGUGGGCAGCGCGGCCUUCAACAUGUUUGUGGUCAUUGCCGUGUGCGUCUACGUUAUCCCCAACGGCGAGAGCCGCAAGAUCAAGCACCUGAGGGUGUUCUUCGUCACGGCUUCCUGGAGCAUCUUCGCCUACAUCUGGUUGUACCUGAUCUUGGCCGUCUUCUCACCGGGGAUUGUGCAAGUGUGGGAGGCCUUGCUGACCCUCGUCUUCUUCCCGGUCUGCGUGGUCUUCGCCUGGAUGGCGGACAAACGCCUGCUCUUCUACAAGUACGUCUACAAGAGGUAUCGGGCGGAUCCUCGCAGCGGCAUCAUCAUCGGCACCGAGGGCGAGUUCCCCAAGGGGAUAGAGAUGGACGGCAGCGUGGGCAAUGACCACCGGGAGAGCGUCUUUGUGGAUGGGAGCGCGGCCUCGGUGGCCCCGCUCCCCAUCACCACCCAGGAGGAGAAGGAGCUGGACGAGAGCCGCAAGGAGGUCAUCCAGAUCCUCAAAGACCUCAAGCAGAAGCACCCGGACAAGGAGCUGGACCAGUUGGUUGAGAUGGCCAACUAUUACGCCCUGUUGCACCAGCAGAAAAGCCGGGCUUUCUACCGCAUCCAGGCCACGCGGAUGAUGACAGGGGCGGGGAACAUCCUCAAGAAGCACGUCUCCGAGUUCUCCAAGAAGUCCGUGAACCUGCUGGAGGUGCCUUCAGAAGCAGAGGUGGAAGAGAACUACAGCAAGAUCUUCUUCGAGCCCUGCAUGUACCACUGCCUGGAGAACUGCGGCUCGGUCACGUUGACCGUGGCUUGCCAGCAGGGCGGCGACACCUACAACACCUUCUACGUGGACUACAAGACGGAGGACGGCUCGGCCAAGGCGGGCUCUGACUACGAGUUCAGUGAGGGGACGCUGAUCUUCAAGCCCGGCGAGACGCAGAAAGAGCUGAAGAUUGGCAUCAUCGAUGAUGACAUCUUUGAGGAGGAUGAGCACUUCUUCGUCCGGCUGCUCAACCUGCGGGUGGGGGAUGCCGAAGGCAUGUUUGAGUCCGAUUCAGCUGAUCACCCCAAGGGCAGGCUCGUAGCGCCGCUGGUGGCCACCGUGACCAUUUUGGACGAUGACCACGCCGGCAUCUUCACCUUCCAGGAUAAACUAUUGAGGGUCAGCGAGUGUCAAGGGACCCUGGAAGUCAAAGUCAUCCGCAGUUCGGGGGCCCGUGGUACGGUCAUGGUCCCCUACCAGACGGUGGAAGGGACGGCGCGAGGAGGGGGAGUGGACUAUGAAGACUCCUGCGGGGAGCUGGAGUUCAAAGAUGACGAAACAGUGAAAUCCCUUUACGUGAAGAUUGUGGACGUUGAAGAAUAUGAGAAGAAGGACAGCUUCUUCAUAGAGCUGGGACAGCCACGCUGGUUGAAAAGGGGUAUAUCAGCCCUUUUGCUAAACCAAGUGGAUGCUGACAAGAAGCUCUCGGCCGAGGAAGAGGAAGCCCGGCGGAUCGCUGAGAUGGGGAAACCGGUCCUGGGGGAAAACUGCCGUCUCGAAGUCAUCAUUGAGGAAUCCUACGAUUUCAAGAACACGGUGGAUAAACUCAUCAAGAAGACAAACCUGGCUCUGGUGAUUGGCACGCACUCCUGGCGGGAACAGUUUCUAGAGGCGAUCACCGUGAGUGCAGGAGACGAGGAAGAUGAGGAAGACGGGCGCGAGGAACGCCUCCCCUCCUGCUUCGAUUACGUCAUGCACUUCCUGACGGUCUUCUGGAAGGUUCUCUUCGCCUGCGUGCCGCCCACCGAGUACUGGAACGGGUGGGCUUGCUUCAGCGUUAGCAUCCUGGUCAUUGGGUUGCUGACGGCCCUCAUCGGAGACCUGGCCUCCCACUUCGGCUGCACCGUCGGCCUCAAGGACUCUGUCAACGCCGUGGUCUUUGUGGCGCUGGGCACGUCCAUACCAGACACCUUCGCCAGCAAAGUGGCCGCCCUCCAGGACCAGUGCGCCGACGCCUCCAUCGGCAACGUGACCGGGAGCAACGCCGUCAACGUCUUCUUGGGCCUGGGCGUGGCCUGGUCCGUGGCGGCCAUUUACUGGGCCUUCCAAGGCAAAAACUUCGAGGUGGAGACGGGCAGCCUGGCCUUCUCCGUCACCCUCUUCACCAUCUUCGCCUUCGUCUCCAUCAGCGUCCUCAUGUACCGCCGCCGGCCGCACAUAGGGGGCGAGCUGGGGGGUCCCCGAACCCCCAAAAUCCUCACCACUUGCCUCUUCAUGGGCCUGUGGUUCGUCUACAUCCUCUUCGCCAGCCUCGAGGCCUACUGCCACAUCAAGGGCUUCUGAGGACCGCUGGGGUGAACGCGUGGGGUCGGGCUGGGGAGAGAUAGCUGGCCGACAGGGGGGCACCCUCUCCAAAUAGACGCUCCUGCAGCCUGGUUCCCCCACAAGUUUCUGAGCAUCAUUCCCCGCCAGCCAGCCAGCCAGCCACCCCUCUGAACCACACAGGACAAGGUGGCCUCCUCUUAUCUCCUCGCCUCAGGAGCAGAUUCCUGUCCAAUGGCUGCUCCCAAAAUUUCCAGGCAUCUCCAGGCCAUGUUUGCCCCCCUGCCCUUGUCCCAAUUGCUCUCCAAGCAGGACAUUUCUGUUCCUCCACUCUUCGCUUCCCAAGGGGGUCUGCCAUACUCCAGUCCUGGGGUCUUUCCCCCACUGGAUCUAGGGACACCAAGAGAGAUGGGAGCAUGGUGUGUGUGUGUGUGUUGGUGUGUGUGUGUUCUGUUUUUAACACCCAGCUACCGCUGUGUCUGCAUUGUGUCUUCUCAACCCCCCUCCUGUGGUUCUUCAGCUCCACGGCACCUAAGACCACAAAACCAGGAGGGACCAAUCACUUUCCUUCCUUCUCUCGCUCCCCCUUCUUGAAGGCGGGCGUGGCGUUUUAUGAAGGCCGCUCUCGAGAGGUGAAUCCUACGCCAGCAGUAGCGUGAUGGGGUUUUGCCAUUUGUUUUCUAUCUCUCUCUCUCUUUAAAUGAUUUCGACGUUCUCGACAGUUGCUUCCGACGUGCUUUUGGAAAUGGUUUGGGGUUGUCAUCAGGCCGGAAACACGUGACAACCAGCUCCGGCCCAAAUAGAAGGGGACGUUUGACCUCAACGUUCAUCCUCCCCACACACUGCCCACCCCCCUGUUCCUGGGAUUUUGGAGGGGGGCCAACGGACAAGCAAAAUCUCCUGCUGCUUUUUCUACGAGGUCAUGUUCACCAAAGCAGUGAACGUCUUUUGGAACAGCGCCAUAACUCGCUUUUAACUCCUGUUCUGCUCUCUAUGGCGAAAGGUGUUAGAAUAAGUGUCUGUACCACCCUGUUUUUUAAAGGAGGGUGACAUCCCUGACCUUCCGACUGUUAGGGCAGGGUCUUCCUCUCCUCCUUUCCUGGAAUGUCUUUCUCCACCACAAUGAGAAGAAUUUCGCUCUUGGUGGGUGGCUGGGAGAAUGGUAUAGUCCUCUUUAGGAGUCGUUUCGUACCUUAUCUGUGGUGGAAUGGUGUGGCACAUCACCAUGGACGAUUCUCUCAGAUGGGGGACGGGACCCGAUGACCUUCCUUUGAACUAUAGGUAUGGGUUGUCCUCAGUGAUCCACUCAUCCCCAUGUGAUUCUUUCAGAGAAGCUUGUGAGAUCCAGGAAGGAGGACAGAGAAAUUUCAGUGUGCCAGAAAUGUAAAAAUGAUGCUCUUUUGCGGGGGGUGGGGCGGGGCUGGGGAGGUGACAGAUGGCCUCACCUACAUGCAGAAUGUGAAUGGAAGCAGGGACGUUGCCUUGAGCAAAUGCCGUUUCCUUCUGGCCAUCUGAAUGUGCAGAUCAGUGUUUGUAGAUCUUACCGUAUUUCCCUCUGCAGGCAACUUGAAGGUCUCUUUCUGGAGCAAAACGUUUGCCUAGACCAGGGGUCGGCAAGCGGCCCAUGGGGGUUGUUUACCUGGCCUAUGGACACCCGCUCGGUCAGCUCCCAUGCGCCACACUAAACCAAUGCAGAGCAGUGUGGGGACUGCCUUCCACGAUGCUGGCUGGCUUCCCAUUGGCUGCAGGAAGCUCCUGCAACCAAUGGGAAGCUGAACACACCUCCUCUGCUCUGGAAAUAGCUGCGCAUGAGUGUGUGCAUGCACACACACUCCAGCCCACCACGGCGUCUGCGGGACCAUGAACCAGCCCAAACCACAACACUUUGCCAAUCCCUGGCCUAGACUUAACAUUAUGAUCGACACUUGGGCAUACCAACUCCGUGGUUUACUAGAAAUGUCUUAGCUUGUGCUGAGUCUUCAUUCCCACCCAGGUACAGUGUACAAUCAUGCAUGCCUGGCUGAGACGGAAGAGACUGGAGACCAGCCUUUGCUCAGAACCUAUUUUGCAACAGUAGGAGGAAGUGCCGCCAUCUUGAAACUGGGAGCUCUGGGCUGCUCCAAGCUUGUGGCUUCCAUGGAAUCUCCCUCUCUUUGAUGAAACCGUUCCCUCUUCUUCGCCUCCUUCUAAUAUCUUUUCUGCACAAAGAGGGAAGCCCCCCCUCAGUUUAUGAACACGGAUGCAGGGAGUGAGAGAUCAGGAAGGUCCCAUCCUCACAAAUCUGCUCCCAACAUGGUCGCAGUGCAUGCAUUUCAUUGCCUCUUUGCUUCCCUUUCUCUGGGACUUUCCUUCUUGCCCUCAUGCCCAUGGGCAUCCCAGGUGCCAACCAGAUAUGGCCAGGCACUCUAGCAUCAUGCCUCUGAUGAAUGGAGUGGGGAUUAUUUGAACUCUUGGCAAGACUCUGUUCCUUCUCCACCGGAGCUUUGGUAUCCAAUUUCGUCUUUUAUCAUUGGCCGGUGGACUUCUUUCUAGAAAACCAGCAGAUCUGAAACCAGACUCACUGCCGUUAGGCAACAUUGCUGUCCAAUCAUACUUGGUCUUAGAGGUUGCCUAGCUUUAAAAACAUGGCAGAUGAUGGGUUUCAAUGACUGGCUGAGGAGUGGAGCCAGGGUGGAGGACCAGAAGACUGGCUGUGUGAUCGGAAGACACAAGUUUCACUGGACAAACUGGAAACACGCUAGCCGGUUGGAAACAGCCAUCUCAGCCCAUCCAUUUGUGCACCACAAAGCUUCCUGCAGUGUCUCUAGCUCCAGAAAUCCCACAUGGUACAGUUCUGCUUCAACCCACUAUUUUGAAUAGAACCAGCCCUACCAUUAGGUAAAGUGAGGCGGCUGCCUCAGGUGGCAGUUGCUGAUGGGCAGGGAGCAGUGUUCAGGGCUGUGUUUGAUUUGGGACCUGCCCUGCUGAACUCAGGUGUGGUGUGGUGUGUGGGAUAUUCUCCUAUUACCAUGUUGAAAGUAAGAUCUUCUCUAGGCAGGUGGUUCCUUUCCGAGUGUCUUCUGCAAUGUGCCAUCGAUGCAACGAUAGUGCAUUGGUGGUAGGUUUAUAAUGGACGCACCAUUCUGCAGUUCUUCUGCAAUGCUUCCUCAACGUUGCUGCAUUAUUGCCACCUGAAAGCACAAUGAAAGCAGGACAAAAACAAAUAAAAAGUUACAGGAUUUCAGCGGGAAGUUAUGGGAGACGCACAAAUGGGAAAUGAAACAGUACGUCUGCUCCAAAAGUUUUGCAGGCACAAACAGUAUUGAAACCUGGCUUGCGUAUAACAGCCCUGAUACCAUCCUGAGAACAAGCCAUCAUAUGCCCUAAUUUUCAACCACCAGCCUGGUUCAUUUUCUUAAACUUGGAAUGGGGUGGUGCUGGUGGAAGGGAGCCAUCUUGCCCUUGCUUGUCUCAGACAGCAAAAUAACUUGGGCCGGCCCUACCAUUGGUUCAUCUACUUAUGAGAGCAAUGGCCAGUGGGAGGCCUUUGGAUGAGGAGUGGGGACUCCAGGUCCCAUCAUCCUUGGCUGUUGGUGAUGCUGACUUGGGCUGGAGGGCGUUGGAGUCCAGCGCAGCAAAAAAGAAGCUAAUGCUAUUCUAGGCUACAUCAACAGUUGUAUAGUGUCCUGAUAAAGGGAAGUCAU